AUGGCGGUUCCCCUGAAUCCGUCUCAGGUCAGCCCGAUGGAGAUCUCAGCCCUAACAAUCGGCCGAGGGUGGUACACGGAUUCACGAGGCCGAGACCUGCACACGCAGUGGAUGUCGGUCUUGAGAUUCUCAUGGAGGACGGCCCAUUUCCUCUGUGCCUUUUCCUCCGGUUCGAACCCAGCCAUUUCGGUACCGCGAGUCCUCCUCAAAGGAGUGCCUUCGGUCAGUAAGAGAAGGCUUGCGCGUAUCUCGUGCUCGGGCGACAUUGGCUUGUUCGGGAUUACUGUAGGCUCUACCGGUUCGCUGAGCGGCAUUCUCUCGAAGAAGUCGGCGAGUUUCUCAUCCUCAAUUGUCAGCGAUUCAGUGCUCCAGGAGCCUUGGGAGUAUAAGGGGGGUCGCUGUCCGGGAGUGCGCGGCCUCAGAACCGAGCUCAAGGGUCGCACCGCCGGGUGCUCGAAUUGA